UCAAAAGGUUCUUCCUGUGAUCAGCUGGUGUGAGCCUAAAAGUGCCGAGGUGGUAUGGUAGCCGGUCAGAUAAAGAAACACUCUUUCAGUGGUAGAAACAUCCGGUCCACCAGCUUGAAAAAGGGGGACUUGUCACUCGGCUGCCAAAUAAAGCUUAAUAAAACGCCAGCGGCCAGAGCGCUGGAGACAGAGAGCGAGUGAGGAUUGUACAGAAACAAGACUCCAGAAAUUGAUACAACAAACAGAUUUCAAAAAAAGUUAUCACUCUACACCAGACAGAAUAUAAAGAGAUAACUGCUGUAUAAUUAUCGACGCCAAUAUCCUCGUCCCAAUUAAUUUCGAUAACACUGACUAAAAUUUUGAUACCUGCAGAUUACUGUACAUACAUCCAGCUGGUGUAGAGUUACUAUUAUUAGUGAGUGUUAAAACAGGUGGUCAUCUAGUAAGAAAAUGAUAAAUAGAUGCGUUUUAAUACACAAGGUGGUUAUUUAAUGCUGUGAUUACGGGAAUUUAAAGGCGUUUACGGCUAAUUACUAGGCUAUGGUGGUGGGCGGCGGUGAUGGGGCUGUGUGGAAGGGGACGGUGGUGGGCGUGUCGGUGGCGGUGCUGAUGGUGGCGGCGGUGGUGGUGGUCAUACGAAGGCUAAGGGCGAAGGCUGACAAGACCCAACUGAGCAACCAGUACCAAGUGGUCAGCAAAGGUCCUCCUUUGUUCGAGAGUCAACAACCGGUGUUAGUGAGGGCACAGGUGGGCUCCCAGCCAUGUGGGUUGGGCGUGGAGAGCGCGGGUAGUGGUGGUGGGUGUGCGGUGUUGGACGCGGAACAGGAAACUCACCAGAACGGCAAGCUGGCAGUCUUCAACCCGAUGUGGAGGGCAAAGUCUGCCGACUGUCUCCUGAACCAGCAGGGUGAGGGUAAAAGUGACACCCUGUCUCUCACUAGGACCCGUAAUUCUCGCUCCGCCUCCAUCAAUUCUCUGGACACAUUACCUGGUGAUGUGGAGACCUUACCUGACACACGUCGGAGCUUCACCCUCAAGCGUGGACCGUUUGUGGAGUUCACAGUACAGUGGGCCAGCAGCACUAGCAGCAUCAGUGUAUACGUGGUACGAAUAACUAGUCUGCCACCUAAGUACCGCAAGUGUAGCUGUACCCUCACCGUCACCCUCACCAGAGAGAAUCACGUCGGGAUCACCAGGGUGUCACCAAGACUCAGGAACUCCACACUCAACCCUGAAUGCAAUUACGUCUUCUCUUUUCCUGUGUCCCUCGAACACCUGCGUCAGAGUGUCCUGUUGUUCGGGCUUCAGAUCAGGCGUAGUAAACACCUGCUUAAUAAACAAGUUGCAGACCUUCGCUACAGCCUGAGUGAAGCCCAGCUUGAGCCUGACACCCCACGUACAGCUACUGAACCUUUCGUCCUCAAGAAGAAGGAGACAACAAGCCCGUGGGCGAGUGUUGCUGGUGGUUCUGAGGGAGGUGGGGGAGAAGGAGCGUGGGGGCAGGUACAGGUGGUCACUCAGUACAAGGUGACCGGCACUAUGCAAGCAAGAAUCAAAGUGGUGGUGGUACGCGCCCACAGUGUCCUCAUCUCGAAGGGUGGCGGGGGAGACUAUAGGAUGGAGAUGGUAGUGAAGCGCGGGGAGGAGACUCUCGUGGUGCAUCAGACCAAGGCCGUACCAGGACCUAACCCAGUCUGGAACACCCCUUUUAUAUUUGACGUCGCCCAGGAUAAGGUCAAGGAGCAUUGGAUCGAGAUGAAGCUCAUGCGGUUUGGCAUGAUGAAGAAGACGAAUAUUUUAGGCCACAUGUUCCUUGGGUUGGAUACUACACCCACAGGCUCCCAGCAGUGGCAGGAUAUUAUAGACUCGAUGGACAAGGAGGUGACUACUUGGCACCCCAUCAUUCUUCAUGACUGAGGCCAUAUGGCAUUGGAGGUGGUUCCCAGGAGGACAAGCGAGGCGUGUUUACGAGUUAAUGACACGUUAGACAUUAUGUAACCUAAUGACCAUGUUCAGUACAGUUGGUUACUUGGCGCCACCUGUAGUUCCAGAUUGAUUAAGAAAGCCAAGGUUUUGUAUUCAUUCAAGAUUAUAGAGGCAGUAGUAUAGGUUAAUAGUACCACUUUUAGAACUACUGCAGUUUAUUGAUGUAACUUUAGCUGAAGUAACUGUAGUUUAUUGAUGUAACUUUAGCUGAUGUAACUGGUUUAUUGAUGUAACUUUAGCUGAAGUAACUGUAGUUUUUUAUGUAACUAGCUGAAGUAACUGUAGUUUAUUGAUGUAACUUUAGCUGAAGUAACUGUAGUUUUUUAUGUAACUUUAGCUGAAGUAACUGUAGUUUAUUUAUGUAACUUUAGCUGAAGUAUGUGUAGUUUAUUGAUGUAACUUUAGCUUAAGUAACUGUAAUUAAUUGAUGUAACUUUAGUUGAAGUAACUGUAGUUUAUUGAUGUAACUGUAGCUUAAGUAACUGUAAUUUAUUGAUGUAACUUUAGUUGAAGUAACUGUAGUUUAUUGAUGUAUCUUUAGCUGGAGUUUGAUGAAUGGUAAAGAGACCAAAAUACUGAAGAGGUUAUCAGUGACAGCUAAACUUAAGUAAUACUACAUUACUGUAAUUAUAACACUGAAAUCCCACCAUAGAAGAUAAAUCACAGAAAAAAGUAUAGCACUGUAUGAUCCUCUUCACUCUGCUGGAGGGCCGUGGGUUAUUGUAAAAAUAUACUGCUAUAGUUUUUCUGUCUCAUCUCACACAGUGGGAUCUGGUGUUCAUGAUUUAUGUGGUCUUACAUACCUUCUUCAGUUAAUGACAUUAGUUUAACUGAAGUAUUAUGUGGUUUAUGUGUACCUGAAGUUUAUGGUUUUGGUUUAAGUUGUAAAGUAUAGCUGUUAGUUACGGUCAUAAGGGAGUGUACUAUUAACGCAGCUGUACUUUGAAGUUUUAUUACCAGAAUCUUUGAUACUCACAGUACUGUAAUAUAUUAGCUGCACUUGAAGGUUAGUUAUGUAGAUAAAACAGACUUAAGUAGAAGUAAAAUGCAUAUGGUUCUUUUGCUGACACAAUGUAAUUUUUGUUCAAUUGGUAGAAAAGAAGCACAGAGAGAGAGAGAGAGAGAGAGAGUACUCUGAUGCUGGAAAUACAGAUGUAAUAGCAGAGUACUGCACUGUAUAUAUGUUGUCUAAGAACCAUCACUAGCUGUAUAAACUUACUGCUGCACUUUAUCAAUGAGAAAUAUUGUUAUAACCAAACUUGAAUGAAGGUUACAGGGUGUCCUGGUUGCCAUCAAGCAAGUUUUACAGCUGGAUAUUCUUCUGAUUGCCAAACCACUUUUACAGAGUGGAAACUGGGUAUAUUACAUAGGACUUCCAAGUGGCCACUUUGGUGGCAAGGUUGAGGUGCAACUCCCCGAGGUAAUCAAAUUUGCCCUUUUACCACUGAUAACUCGACUGUUAUGACCAAGGACUAAUGACCUUGGUUCGAGCAGCAUUCAUAAGCUAUAAGCUAUUGUGGAUAUUCUUAAGUGUUGAGGGAAUUUUAGCUACAGCCAAACCUCGAGUCCCAAAAUUGGUGAUUCAGUUGUGAGAUGAAAGGCACAGUGUAAACAUAACACUUUAAAUAGACAUAUCAUGUUGCUGUAAACAGAUAAUGGAACCCCCGUAACUCAAGUUGAACAUUUUACCAGUGAUCUAACUUGAUAUACACAGUGUAUUAGUAUGGAGUAUUUUAAAUGACAUGUAUGCAAAGAUUCAAUAUGUACUGUACAGUAUAUUGUGUGCAAGUUGAAGAUACUGUAUCAGCAAAUGUGUAAAUACACCUUUUCACACAUACGUUGAGACAUUGUUAUACAGUAUACCUAUUUGACAAAUUUCAUAACCGAAUGACAGAACACAUAUCGAAUGACGAUCUAAAUUAACUGUUGGUGGUAUGUCAUUCUCCAAUUUUUAUAUUCUCAAACUAUAUGUAGACUGUUGGUUUAUUGUUCAGGCUGUCAAUUUCAUAACUUAUGUCAAUCAUUUCUGUUAGCAUGAACGAACAGUUAUUUUAGAUUGUCAUUUGAUAUGUGUUGUGUCAUUCGGUUAUGAAAUUUGUCAAAUAGGUAUAUAACAAUGUCUCAACGUAUGUGUGAAAAGGUGUAUUGUUUAACUUGUCUUCACACACUUCAUUUGUUUUCUACAAUUGUUUUUCACCAUUUUCCCACAAUUUACCAUGUAUUUUUUUUUAAUCCACCCAUAAAAAGUGGUACUGGAGUAGAGGUGAUACUGUUGAUACACAGCUGACACUAUGUAUUAUAUUCUGGGGUGUAUGUACUGUAUACUGCAUAGAUUUUUAUGUAGUAGACUAAGAAAACUGAUAAAGGCAUGGCAACAAG